GUCCUACCCUGACUCCUGAGCUAGAUAUUUGUCUGUCUAAAUUAAACGACUUUUGCAAGCAGAAAACAAAGCUACUUAAAUAUUACAUAUGGAAAUCCUAAGAAAGAGUAGUACUUCAUGUACUAUUGGUUUUUCUAGGAUGACCAGAGCUUGUCUUUCCACGGCUUAUGAACGCGCACAGAAAUUAGGAGGAAGAGGUGAGGGAGAAUCAACGACAGAUCACACCAAAAACGACGUCGUUUCUGGAAGUAAUAUUGAACGGAAAAGCGGUGAUCACAAGAUUGAGGAUGAGAGUGGUAUUAGGGGAUUUGUUGCAGAUAAAGCAAGAGAAGGGGCAAUAGGAGCGAGAAAAGUAGCCGAAAACAUGGGGGAUUUGGCUAAGGAAACUAUGGACACAGCAUGGGACUCGGCAAACAAUACAACUCAAAAUGUCCAAGACACAUUGAUCGCCACAGCUGACAAAAAUGUUGUUGAUACAACUGAGUAUAGAUCAAUUGAAGAUCUAAACAAUUCUGUCCAACCUAAUCAGGAUCAUCAUCAUCCAACCCCUUGAUCAGAUACUUUGAAUUUAAAUAUAUUUUAAUGUACAGUGUGUCUUUCUUUGGUUUAGCCGAUCAUAGCUUAUUAUUAUUAGUAUUAUUCACAUUACUGGUACAGUUAAGUGCAUAUAUAUAGUGUCACGUCUUGUAUAUAUCACACUGCAUGUGUUGAUAUUUUUAUUUAGUAUCUGGCAUAUAUAUAUAUAGCAGAUAGCUAGUAGAC